GGGUCCGGUUAUCCCUGACCAUUAUCCGUUUCGAAUUCACCAACGCAAAGACGCUUGCCAGCUCCAUCAUAACUCCAUAAAGGGUCCGGUUAUCCCUGACCAUUAUCCGUUUCGAAUUCACCAACGCAAAGACGCUUGCCAGUUCCAUCAUAACUCCGUGGCGAAUCGCAUCUCUGCAUGUCUGGCAGACAUAUCAGUGUGGAUGACGGAUCACCACCUCAAGCUGAACCUCGGCAAGACGGAGCUGCUCUUCCUCCCGGGGAAGGACUGCCCGUUCCAUGAUCUCGCCAUCACGGUUGACAACUCCAUUGUGUCCUCCUCCCAGAGCGCUAAGAACCUUGGCGUGAUCCUGGACAACACCCUGUCGUUCUCAACCAACAUCAUGGCGGUGGCCCGUUCCUGUAGGUUCAUGCUCUACAACAUCCGCAGAGUACGACCCUGCCUCACACAGGAAGCGGCACAGGUCCUAAUCCAGGCACUUGUCAUCUCCCGUCUGGAUUACUGCAACUCGCUGUUGGCUGGGCUCCCUGCCUGUGCCAUUAAACCCCUACAACUCAUCCAGAACGCCGCAGCCCGUCUGGUGUUCAACCUUCCCAAGUUCUCUCACGUCACCCCGCUCCUCCGCUCUCUCCACUGGCUUCCAGUUGAAGCUCGCAUCCGCUACAAGACCAUGGUGCUUGCCUACGGAGCUGUGAGGGGAACGGCACCGCAGUACCUCCAGGCUCUGAUCAGGCCCUACACCCAAACAAGGGCACUGCGUUCAUCCACCUCUGGCCUGCUCGCCUCCCUACCACUGAGGAAGUACAGUUAUUGUUUUGUAUUUCAUAGUGUUCAGUUUGUCUUAAAAUAAAUGUUAUGGACACGUACCACGCUGCGCAUUGGUCCUCCGAUCCUUCUCACUACUCCUCCUCAGAAGAGGUGGAAGAAUGCCGUUACAAGGGUAGUGAGAGCAACUUUAUCACGGUGCUACAUUGUACCGGACAGAUUUCUGCCUGAUUGAAUGCCAAUAACUCAGAUACACAUGAAAACAUAAAAUGACCCAGGGAAUCGAUAGAUCAACACUCAGAUACACAAAACAAUAUAAAAUUCAAAAUGGAUGAACCUUUCCUUUAAGCAUACAGAGGAAGAUAAACGGCUCAUUUAUUUUUUGGGACUGCCAUCGCUAUUGAAUGUGUCUGUUUUAAAAAGGUUGAAAUUAGCAGUUGGUGACUGUGACUAGUUUAAAAAACGCAAUCUCUCUUUGACAUACAGAGGAAAGACUCUGCUGAGAAAGAUGACCAACAAAAUGGUUGCAGCUGAACUUCUAAGUAACUGUCUCUAUUCUAACUCAAUGAAGUCCAUGUUCUCUAAUAGGGCUGGGAAUUUCCAGAGACCUCAAAAUACAAUAUUAUUACCAUAAUUAGGUGCUGUUAUGAUAUUUAUUUGCAAUUCGAUAGUGAUUUUAUUGAGAUUCAAUGUUCAAAACAUAUUGCUCACCAUACAGUAUGGCUUCUGCAGAGGGACAAGUGAGAGCCAUGAGAAAACUGGUUUUGAUCAGUAAUGGAAAUAAAAGUGCUGAAAACAAAUUGGCUCCCUAUUUAAAACGAAGAUGGAGAACAAACUAUGAAGGCAAAAUACUGGAGUUUUGAUACAGGUACAGCCAAAGAACGCAAAAAUAAUAUUGCGAUAGUCAAAACGAUACAAUAUGAUAUAUCGUCAAAAAUAAUAUUAUGAAAUUUAACUGUAUAGGUUUUUCCUCCUAUCUGUAAAGUCUGCUUCCAACUCACACCCUCAAACACGUAGAUCCCCUGAACGCAGCUCACUCUCCAGAUCCCAAUCACCUGAAUUCUAAUUAUCUGUUCACACACCUGUAUGUCAUUAUCACACACUAUUUAGUGCAGUUCUUUGCACCCCGUCACUUUGAGGUAUUGUUUGUUUUGUGACUCACAGUUUUCAGAGCGCUGGGUUUCCCGAAAUGUACUCCUCCCGUGUAUGAUCGUUUUUGCCUUCCUCACUUAACGAUGCAUUUUUUCAUAUUCCCUGCCUGUAUCGGAUUUCCUGUUAUCAACAUAUUGCCUGAUCUCCCAGACUAUGUUACUAGCCUUUUCCCUGCCAGUACUGUUGCCCUUUUGGACCCCCUGUGUAUGACUUUCUGCCUGCCCCUGGACCCAGAUACCUGCCUCCUCCUGCAGUCCUUUUCAAUAAACACCUGCUGC